ACUUACAUACUCCGCCUCGAGCAAUAUCAUCUUUCAAAAAACCGUCCUUUGAGACACGAGCCCACAAUGUCCACAUCUGCUACCUCGCCCUACGGCCUACCGCCGUCACCAAGAGCUACGCGUCCAGAACUGUCUCCUAUCAACACAUCAUUCCGCACCACACCAACCAGCUACUCCGACGCCACGCCUUCACCAAACGAAAAGGCCUCCGCGCACAGCUACAGUUUCACCAACACCCGCCCCCGUCGCCGCGACUCCGACAUCUUCGCUAACGCGACUAUCCCGCUCAGCCCUCCACCUUCUCCACCAUCAGCCUACAAAGAAAGCCCCUUCGACGGCGUCGCUCCACGGAGAAGGAACCCGUUUGCAAGACUCUUCUGCUGUCUUGGGCGCGAAGAGCGCGCGAGGAGGCGUGCCAUGUGGGCGGAUGAGUUUGAGCAGGUCGGGGAGAAGAGGCAUUGGACGGAGGUAUAA